UUUAUUUACAACCCAAGAAUAAACAAAUUAGUAACACUCGUAAAUAGUUAUAAUUUUUUCAAAUUAUUACACCAUGUCUGAGGUGAACAUUUUUAAUGAGGUUCUGAGUUCCCAGCUUGAAAAAGAUGGUGGUUUCCGGGAACUUUUGUCCACAAUUGCCGGUUUCCUUUACCAGAAAACGAACUUUUUCGUGGUUGGAAACUGGAAAGAGGUCCUGCUGGAAAUUUUUUGUAGGUGGGCGGCCAUGACUGAGGAGAAAUUGCAAUUGGAGCAGUUGGGGACAAAAGAUGUCGAAGGACCUGCUGAUGCUGUGUUUGUCGAGAAAAAUUAUUUCUGGACGGAUAAUGCGUCGGACAACAACGACAUCGCGGAAGAUUCCGAUAUGGAUCAGUCACCGACAUCGUAUGGAUUCGACGAUAUUGAAGACACCUUGGACCGUGUGCGUGACUCCGACUCGGACUCUAUCGCAAGUUCGGAAUGUUCAUCCUCCAGUUUGGCAGAUUAUGACUACUUUAAGCAUUUAAAUGAAGACACCAUUCCGGAUAUGCUACCAUUGAAAAAAUUACCACCGUUGCCGGAUCUCACCAAUAUGAAUCUUCUAUGUCAACAACCGACCGUUAAGAUAUAUCAACCAAGUUCCACGAGACCAACAGUUACGCUCCCAUCACCAAAUGUUUUCUGUAGAGCAGAUCACGUUGUUUUGGGGCACGAGUUUCCACUGCCAUAUCAGUUCGUAGCAAAAGGACUAUACGACGUGUUAUACAGCACGGUCGACAAAUCACCAAUCAUAACGCGCCAUGUGUUGACACCAAGCGGAAUGCUGUGGGAUAGGAUGCAAGGUUUGUCAAGAUCAAACAGUUAUACCAGAGCAAAAGCUGUAAAACAAAUGUUCAGGUCAUCCCUGAAAGCUAACCAGCGACCGGGUCAUGAUCUGGGACAUUCAGUUACGGCUGUAGACGUAGGAUUUGAUCCUGAGGCGAACGACCUUAUCAAUAUUUACAUCGAAAACUCAGUUUUGAAUAGAACAAUCAAUAAGAUGAUAGAAAUGUUCAUCAGACAAAUAGCCAUGAAAUGUGACUACACAAUCGUUUUGAAGGGGAGAAUGCACGUUUUGUUGACAGCAGCAGAUGGAUCUUCAAAAUAUGUCCAUUACGACGUCAACGGGCCCAACAAUGUAGCAGUACCUACUGCCUUUUGGAAAGCCACCGCGUCCUUCGUUGGUAAGCAGUGUACAGUGUUAAAUUACUGGAUAAUGGAAAAUAAAACACCCCCAACGAAUUCAACCAUAUUUGACUAUUUCGUCAAACCGCACCCAGUUUGGGAAGGCAGUGGUUGCGAAAUAUUCAAAGAGUAUGUAAAAGAUGCUCUGUUGAUAAACGGAAUAGAAAAUGACGCAAAAUAAACAACACGAACAACGCCAACGGCCAGCAACACUCUGUCAACGCAGUCCAACUCCCCUGCCCCGAUCGGAUCCGGCUCGAGUCGAUCAAUCACCCCGAUCGGACAACCUCCAGCUCGCGCCAACAUUACACCUUCGCCACUACUUCAAACCGCGCCCACUUCUUCCGCGGCAGCGACAAUAUUUACACCUGUCGCCGUGUCCAGCAGCAGCGCCGGUCCAAUCGGCAGCGGAAUACCAACCUCGUCGUCCGCUUCUUCCAGCAGCGGCCAUCACCCACCAGCUACAGUCCAAGAUCAACAACAACCUUCCGCACCACCACUACCAGGCGUCGCAAGUCGGUGGAGGGGACGGAGGAGGUCGGGGUCACGGACACGGCCACGGUGGAUCACAUGGCGGAGCGUUUGUGCUCGAGAACGAACCGUUGCAGGUAGCUGGUAAGCUGUUCAAGGAGUGGGGCACGACAUGUCUGACCUUCGAGGGCGAGCCUUCCGACCGUCGGGGCUGGACAACAGCAAUAGUAACCGGAUGGUGCGGCCGCUGACCAACGAAAAGAACCGGUACAGCGUCAUCAGCAAGGACGUCAAACGGGAGGUGGACGCCGGAGAUGGGUGCUGCCGGGCGGACGAUGCUGCCCCCCUUCAUCACGUUGACGUUCCGUUCGAGAAGGCCACCUUCGGCAUGGGAUGCUACUGGGGCACGGAUUCGUUGUUUGGGGCCACGCUCGGCGUUCUGCGGACACGGGUUGGCUACUCCGGUGGAACGACCGGUGCUCCGAAGGGGAAGGAUAUUGGUGACAACGUUGAGGUGAUUGAAAUCCACUACGACCCGACCAAGAUUACGUACUCUAAGCUGCUGGAAAUGUUCUGGGAGAACCACGAAUAUCGAGCAUCGGCCAGGCUGAAGCGUGAGUACAUGACCAUGAUCCAGUACCAUAGCGAGGAUCAGCGGAAGUUAGCUGAAGACAGUAAAGCCGCUCAGCAGGCCAAUGAGCCUGAAGAAGUGGUCGCGACCGAGAUCGUUCCAGCUAGUCCGCUUUACCCGGCGGCAGACCACAACCAAAAGUAUCGGCUGCAGGGUCACGUCGAUCUGGCCAAGGGUCUUGGGCUGACCUCGGAGCUGCUGCAAAGCUCGCACGUAGCGGCACGUUUGAACGGUUAUCUGGUCGGGGCGGGAGGGCUGGAGCAGUUCGAAGCCGAAGCCAACCAGCUGGGCCUGUCGGACGCGCAAAAGCAGUACGUCCGGAAUUAUCUAAUCGAGAACGACGGUGCGGGUAUUGCCUGUUGAGGUAAGACAGCUUCAUAAUAAACAAACGUCGUCAUUUUUUGGCCGUCACGCCCAA